CCAGAAGAGCCAUUACUUAGUUCUGUUCAUCAGUUCAACUGUAGCUUUGUUCGAGUAGAGCACACAACUUCACGAUCAACUUCAGCAUUUCAAUUAACAGAAAAUCUUUUCAUGUAGAAAAACAUCCCAAGUGACAACAUGUCUUCAAAUUACAGAGACGAAUCUCAUUAUUCUACAUCAUCUGAGGAAGAGGAGACUUCAUUGCCUUCAUCCUCUACAGAAGAGGACGCCCAGGUCACCCAAGACGUCCUCUCCUCCCCCUUCUCUGAUUACCUGAUUCAGUCUUUUUUGGGGGAGGGCACCUUCGGAGAAGUCGUCAAAUGUGUAAAGUCAGCCACUCAGGAAACAGUGGCUGUGAAGAUACUGAACAACAACAACUCAGCAGAUGAUGUACAGAACGAGGUGGCCAUCCUUCGAAAACUGCAAGCUUUUGAUUCAGACAAAUUCAACUUCAUCAGAUUCAUAGACAUGUUUAAUAUUGGCGAGCAUGCUUGUCUUGAGUUUGAAAUGCUUGACAUGAAUCUGUGGGACUUCUUGGAAAAGACACCUUCACACGUACUCUCUGUAAACGAAAUCCGCCCAAUCCUUCACCAGAUGGCCACAGCUCUGCAACUCCUGAGGAGCCUGGGAAUUGUCCAUACAGACCUUAAACCAGACAACAUCAUGUUGGUGGACAGUGUAAACAAGCCUUUCAAGAUUAAGAUCAUCGACUUUGGCUUGGCCCGUUAUGUCUCUCAGAUCACAUCAGGCUCGUACAUGCAGUCACGCCAUUACAGGUAUCUUACAAGCUGA